AUGUCCGCUGAGGUCGAGUCUGCUCCCCACGGCAGCACCCUGGAGGAAGAUGAAGUUCAAGAUCACAAUGGCGAUCUUGCGUCCGACGAGGACGGAGAUUUAUUUGGAGAUGACGAUGACGAUGCGGAGCAGCCGAAUGACCUCCAUAGAAAAUUAGACGACUCUGAACUGGACUCCGGCGAUGAUGAGGGCCGAAACGAUCGUGUCGCACCCACUGUGGAAGACGAGGAGGGUCUCUAUGAAGAGCAGAAACAACUCAAACUUCUGGACGUGGACAUAGCGCGAGUCAAACCGCCCGAAGGUGACGAACUAUACCUCCUCAACAUUCCGAACUUUCUAGGCAUCAAACACAGAAAUUUUGAUCCCUCGAGCUACGAACCGCCCUCCAGACCCCAUGAUGGUCGCGAUCCCAUGGCAGAUCCUACGGUCAAAUUCUCCCCGUUCUCCACAGCCAACACUUCCCUCUUCUGGCGCCGCGAUCCCAAGAACCCCGAACUCAUACAAUCAAACUCCCGUAUAGUUCGCUGGUCGGACGGCAGCUUUACUCUGCAGAUCGCCUCGAAGCCGCAAGACCAUUACCGUAUCUCCACUACCGCCAUGCGACAAGGUUGGCCUAAGAAGCUCUCUGGUUCGCAACAUCAAGACUACGACCCUACAAAGGAAACAAACCACUUUCUCGCCGCACCUCACGCUGCAGCAGGGAUAGAUCUCCAGAUCAUUGCCCCUUUCGAUGCAUCGAUGAAGAUCCAACCGGCGGGCGACCAAGCGGAUGAGGCCGAAAUGAAACUGCGACAAUCUAUUGCUGCCACUACGCAAAUGCAUGAGUCCCCCACCACCUUCAAGUCUGUCAAAGAAGACCCCGAACUCGCCAAGAAGGCUGCCGAAAUGUUCGAAAAGGAGCGUGCUCGGGCGGACCGUCGCAGAGAGGCUGCUCAAGACCGGCAGUUCAUGCGUAGGGAUCGCGUUCUGGGGAAAUCUGGGCUCGGCCGUUCAACGGGUGGUGCGGGUCUCUCCAUUGCCGGACUGGAAGAUGAUGACGGAAUGCCCACGGCGAGAGGGAAGAAGGCCACAGCUAAGCGACGCAAGACGAAUCGGCGCGGGGAUAUCUACUCAGACGACGAGGACGAGGAGACUUUCCGCCGAAGAGGCAGAGAAGAUGAAUAUGAUCGCGAAGAUGAUUUCCUUGCGGCGAGCGAUGAAGAACCCGAGAUUUACGAGGAUGAAGGAGAGGAGGAAGUCGAAGCCGAAGAAGAAGAUCCGGAUGUUGACGAUUUGGAGAUCGAGGGACGUGAGACGGUGCUUCAAGGCCGCACUCGGGGCGGUGCCAGAGAUCGGGACCGAGACAGAACUCCCAAACGCGCUCUGCGGGACGAGGACGAGGAUGCCGAGGGCGAAGACGAUGACGAGGCUGGAGAAAGCAGAAGAGCUGUGGGAAGUCCUGCGGCCCGCAAGAAGCGGAGAGUCAUUGACGACGACGACGAAGAUGAGGAGUAG